GUCACAUGUAUACAAUUCUAUAUUUCACUUGCGUAUGUAAUUCUAUCUGUCCCAAAGGAGAGGAGACCAUCCAGACUUUGUUAUGGUAAAGGGGAGAAAGCCCACUCCUAAUUUUUUCCAGAUGUGUCUGCCACGUAUACAUUUUGACACAAAGGCCUUCAGAAUAUAUUGGAAGAUUAAAUAGAUACAUUAUAGGCAAAAUUCACCUUGAUUAUGUCUAAGUAAUUCUGAUUAAUAUCAAUAAAAAUCCUCUACAACCUCUCGAAGAAAAACAGAUACCUAUGAGAUCAAAGGCAGAUAUCGCAUUAUUCUCACUCACAUGCUGUGCUGCUGAUAAACAUGAUAUCAUUUCAGUUCUGAAAUGUGAUGAACAAGACACUCAAAGUGCUUGCUAUUUAAUUCCAUAUGAAAGGCGUAUUUAUCAUCCAUUUUUAUUUUAAUUCAAACAUGUAUUUUAGAUUUUUAUAGAAACUAUGACAAAACAUUUCACACAGAGAUUGCACUGUCAUAUUGUUUGGGAAUAUUAAUGCUCAAUUUAAAUACAUAAUCACAUGAAACCAGAUGAAAAAAAAAAAAACAUUUUAGAAGAGAACGCAGCAUCACGGUUGUCUGAACCAAUGAGCAUUAAGCUGUGUCGUCGGUCAGUCGUUUCCCAUCAUGCUUUUGAUCAGUGCAGUCGGUGGAGAGCAACUGCAGGCGACUGCUCAAUCCGACACAGCCACCUCGCCAUUGCGAGAGUUUUUUGGCCCACGUCAGCAUGACAACAGAACAAGGCGGAUGUAACUCGGACACUUUUCUAACCGGCAUGCAUCUCGCGGUGAUCAUCGGUGAUCGGUUCUGUGCAGAUUUUGCUCAUCUCAAACAAGCCUACUGACACCAGUCACAAGCCUCCCGGUUUUCAUCUAAAAUAUUUUAAAUUGUGUUCCGAAGACGAAUUAAGCUUUCAUGGGUUUGGUAGGACAUGGGGGUAAGUGAUUAAUGACAAAAUUUGAAUUUUGGUGUGGAGUAUCCCUUUAAGUGCACACACAUGCAAAUACUGUAGGCUACAUGAGAGAAAGGAGCACAAUCCAUUGAGAGCAGAGGAUCAGGUGAACACAAUCAGCCCAGUGAGGAUUAAACUACGGGCAUGGUAACAGGAAACAAGGAGGCAAGACAAGAGGAGCGCAUGGCCAACACAAACAAAGACUUGCCCAGUUGUGCUCAAGCACAAGACAAAGAAAGAAACAUUAAACAGUGACAAGACUGUUAGGGCAGGAUCCUGACAUAUAUGUCCUUGAAAAACAGCUCCUUACAAGGCAGUAUUGUUUAGAGCAAUUAUAACUUAAGCUAUUUCACUUUUCUGAAGUAUACUCCUUUUCUCGUGUGAAUGAAUAUAAAGGAAGUGAAUGGUGACUGUGAGGAGGAGGGCAGUAAGAGACCUAAGAAUAUCAUAAAGAUGUAAUUUUAAAAAAUGUGUAUGUGUGACAAAUUGCAGAAUGUACAUUAAUUUGGUGAGCCCUCCUCCGAUGCCAGAAACACCAGUUUGAAUCCUGCUCAGAGUGAAUGUAGCAAGUAGAACCGGAGGGGUUGCACAAGUAUUCAGAAGAUGCCAGAAAACAGUGGAAAUUUAACUGCUUAGGCCAAACAAGGGAUUAAUGAACAACCAUUACAAAACAUAAAACAGUAAUGAAUCAAGGUUAUGAGAUGCAGUAUUAAGAAUCCAGUGUAUAUGUACACUGUUCAUUUAUAUAAACUCAAUAUUUUGUCUUUUGGACUAUAUGUAAACAUCUGUUUUGUGAAAUAACUUAAUUGCUUAUUCUGGGCAGUACAAAAUAUAAAAAUAAAAUGCAGUUUUUAUGUUCACUCUCGUAUUUUUUUUUUAAUUAUUAAUAUUUUCCUGAUUCUGCAAGGUGUAUGUAAACUUAUGAACUGUUCUGUAGCUAUAAAGCCAAGAAAGACCCAAGAAAGCAAUGCAAACUAAUACAUAGAAAAAAACAACAACAACAACAACUGUAUUUUAACAAUGACAAUGGAAUACAAACUGUUCAAAAGUAUGCUUUGGAAGUUGAUUGUUUUUUCAUACAGCUUUUUUUUCUUUCACUACACAGGAGAUUGUAAAAGAAAGACAAUGAGUUCAGCAUCAAGGCAAAAAAAGAAAAAGAAAAACAAAUUUGGUGCUACGUCUCCACCAUUUAUUGAUUACUUGAAGGAAAUUUUGAGAAGGUACCCAGAUGGGGGACAAAUAUUGAAGGAGCUGAUACAGAAUGCAGAUGAUGCAGGAGCUUCAACUGUGGUGUUUAUUCAUGAUGAGAGACAUUAUGGGACUCACAGCCUGUGGACUGAAGAGCUCAGAAAAUAUCAAGGACCUGCUCUCUAUGCCUUCAAUGAUGCAGCCUUUACAGAGGAAGACUGGGAGGGUAUUCAGAGAGUUGGCAGAAGCAUCAAGCAGGAUGACCCAAUGAAAGUCGGGAGAUUUGGGAUCGGUUUCAACUCUGUUUAUCAUAUUACAGACUUGCCAUGUGUCUUCAGUUCUGAACACCUAGCCAUUUUUGAUCCACAAAAGAUGAUGUUUGGAGAGGAUGAAGAAGGCUAUCGAUGGUCUUUGAAUGAUGAAGAGGACAGAGAGAGCCUUUUGAAAUUCAGAGAUCAGUUUCAGCCCUUUCAAAAUAUUAUCAGUCAAGUCAACAGUUGUUCUUGGGAGAAGGUCAUCAGCGAGGAGCAAUACUUCAAAGGAACGCUCUUCCGCUUCCCUCUGCGUAAUGAGGCUUCUGAGAUCUCAGAUAACCUAUAUGACUCCACAAAAGUUACCCAGCUAUUUGACAGUUUCAUUGCUGAUGCAGACAUCAGUCUUCUUUUCCUGAGAAAUGUGUCAUCCAUUACUUUACUGCAUAUUGACAACAAUGGCCUCUGCAACAACAGGCUGAAAGUUUCAGUGUCAAAUCACUUUAUAACUGACCUUUCUCAUAUCAAGCAGGAAUCGUUUGACAGAAAAACAUGUUUUAAAACAGUAUCAAAGAUUUCCCAGCAAAUGGAAGAAAAGAGGUCCAAGUGGCUUGUGACAACUUGCCUUCUGAAACAGGGAUAUAUACCAGAGAUUGACUCUCUAGCUAAUAAGCUGAGCUUCUACCCUCAAGUUGAGGCAGCAUUUCAAUUAGAUGAUGACCAAUCACUUUGCAAUGGGCGUCUAAGUUGCUUUCUGCCACUUCCAAAUAAUGAACCAAACAAAACUGGGCUUCCCAUUCACAUCAAUGCUUGCUUUGGCCUGACAGACAAUCGGAGGUUCAUCAAGUGGCAAGAGGAGGAUCAGAAGAAUGAUGAGUCUGCGAUGUGGAAUGAACUGCUCACAAAAGAGAUUCUUCCCCAUGUAUAUCUCAUGAUGAUCCUAGAUGCCAUUCAAUUAUCAGAAAACUCAGCCCUGCCUUCCCCCACAGUGUACAAUCUUUGGCCUGACCUAUCGAAGACUGUACAUAAAGAGAGAUGGCAUGAAGUUGCAACAGAUACUCUGAAAGGUCUAUUUGAAUACACAAUCUUCCACCUUGCGGAUGAUGAGCAAAUCUGGGUGUCUGCUUCAGAAGCAGUUUUUCCAGUAAACAAUAUGCAUAGUGGCACAAUGUCUGCGGUGUCAAGACUACUACUUGCUGAAGGAGAGAACCUGGUCACAGUCCCAGAACAUGUUUUGAAAGAUGUUCAAGAGAUAUUCCCUGAAAGUCACACCUUGACAUGGGUGACUCCAUCUUAUGUUAGAGAUGUCCUUCACAGAAGUGAGGCUGAAAAUCUCAGUAAAGAUGACAAAUACAAUCUUCUUGAAUUUGCUCUCAGUGAUGAAAAGUACACAGAGCUGCAAGGACUUGAGCUUCUACCUCUCAGUGAUGGAACCUUCACUUCAUUUGGCAAUGGAGUGCAGAACACUGUUUUGAUUGACAAUGAGAAGUUUCCAAGAACAUUGCUGCCAUUUUGUAAAGAAAGGUUUUUACCCAACGAUCUGAGCAAUUUUUGCACUAUGCAACUAAGGAAACUAGCAACAAGGAGCAUAUACAACAUAAUCAAUUUGGAUGCACAGCAUGUUGUUACACUCAUGAAGAAGCACUUACCCAUGGACUGGAAAGUUACUCAAGGUCACGUGACAUGGAAAACAGCAGAAGAUCAUCAUCCACCAAAGAGCUGGCUAGCUGAGUUCUGGAAGUUUCUAAGCAAUGAAUGGAAUGACUUAAGCAGCUUUAUUGACAUGCCUUUAAUACCACUGGAGCCACUGCAGAGUUCAGGCAAUUCUCUUUUGUUAGCAAGGUUGCAGAGUAAAACAACUUUGAUCUUUCAGAGUAGCACAGGGUCCAACUUGUCAGAUAAUGUUCAGAAAGUGUUAAGGAUGGUGGGAUGUACAGUCAUAAAAAGAGAUAAGUGUCUUCGACAUCAUUACAUUGAAAGUUAUGUUCUUCCAGCUUCACCAAGAAAUGUUCUACAAGUCUUUGUAAACACAAACAGAGACCAGGUCAUCAAAGGCAUUGCCUCUGCUUCAUCACAUGAAAGAGAGGAGUUGAAAGUCUACAUCUCUUCUUUGGAUUCUCUCUCAAUUGCUGAACAGGACCUACUUUCCAUGUUGCCUAUCUUCAGAAUAAUGUCUGGUAAAUAUGUUGCAGUUAAAUCAAAACAAGCAUUUGUUUCAACCACCAAUCCAGCCAUUCCAAAUGAUCUGCCAAUACCUGACACCAUUGUACAGUGUGCAAAUGAAGCUGAUCGCAGACUUUUGACUCUUCUGAAAAUUGAACUCUUGGAUGCAGCUAAAGUGGCUGUUCAUUUGAUUGACUGCAUUAAGACAGGCUUUUUCCAAAAUGCUGAGGAACAGACAAUAAUGACCUGGAUACUGAAUAAUGGUAGCAUUCUGCUCUCACAAAGUGAGCAGCUGCUCACAAAAACAAAAAGUCUCAAUUUUAUUGUGAAAACUCAGGGAGAACGCAAACAAGCCUCAGACGUUUUUGAUCCAAGAAACAGGACAUUCCAGGACCUUUUUGAAACAGAUUUAUUUCCCCCACCUAUUUACACAAAAACCCAGGAAAUGCUUCAGAGUUUGCAACGCCUUGGCUUAAAGACAGAGCAAAAAGAAAUAUCAACAGCAAACGUACUCCAAGUCGUAAAUCAUAUUGAAAAGCUUUGUGUCCACUCACCAGAUAAGGCAUUCAAAAAAGCAUAUACUCUUUUUCGAGUACUGAAUGAGAAUGAUUUCCUUUCAAAAUUCACCAAGAUGCAGAUAGGAGAGCUGAUGCAAAGGCAGUGGGUGCCCUGUCAAAAUCCAAAAUUCUUGAAAGGAAGCAUUUGUAAAAAUCCAAAGAGAGGUUUCUACAAGCCAGCUGAAGUUAGGGAUUCAAAGUAUUCUUCAAUUGUUGGAUAUGUAAUGCCACUUACCUCUGAGCUAACAAGACAUGCCUGCAACCACCUUGGACUUUAUGACCCCCCUCCUGCUGAAAAAGUUUUAGAGAACCUCUCUGCACUGAGAUCAAUGGUAAACCCAAAUUCAGAUUUUCAGUUUAAAACCAAACUGCACAGUAUCUAUAAAUUCAUGCAAGACAACAUGAUAAAUUUCAGAGAUUUAAUGGACAAAAAAUGCUUUCCCUGGAUCUGGAAUAAAAGUGAGUUUGUCUGCCAAGGAGACAUAGUUUUAGCCUAUCCACCUGGAUUGGAUCUAAGCCCUUACAUCAAGAAAGUGCCUGAAGAGUUUUUGCAGUAUGAAAACCUGCUAACAAAAUUUGGUGUGAAGAAAACACUGUCUGAUGAGGAGAUUGAAGACAUACUCCAUGACAUAAAACACAGAAUUGACUGCAGGUGUCCUCCUCUUGGAGACUCGACAGAACUUAAAGUGUCAAUUGCCAUCCUUGACUGGAUGCGAAAGAAUGAGAAGCUUUUAAAGGACAGUACACCUGUGCCUGUCAUGGCACAAAACCAAAACUUCACUCUGCAAUCUUUGUCCAAAACAGUCUUCUGUGACAUAAGUGCCGAAGGACUAGAUGACCUGAAACAAGACAAUGAGGAAUUCUAUGUCAUUCAUGAGGAAGUUCUGCCCCUCACUGCAAGAUGGUUGAAAGUCCCAUUCUUAAGUACUCGCAUCUUAAAACCACAGUUCAUACAAGCAGAGCAAGCAUCAUUUGGUAUAGAGCAAUGUGGGCAAUCUGAAUCAAUUACUCAAAGAAUUAAGAACAUUCUUAAAGAGUAUGAUGAAGAAAGUGACAUUUUCAAAGAACUCCUACAAAAUGCUGAAGAUGCUGGGGCAACCACGUGUAAAUUUCUCCUUGACUUGCGAAAACACAGAGACCCCCCUGAAACCCUCUUUGAUGAAGGAAUGGCCCUCUGCAAUGGACCAUGCCUUUGGAUCUUCAACAAUGAGCUCUUUUCACAAGAAGAUUGGAGAAACAUUGUCAAAGUGGGAUCAGCAUCAAAAGAAAACAAAGUUAAGAUGAUUGGAAAAUUUGGGCUUGGAUUUAAUGCUGUUUACCAUGUGAGUGAUAUUCCCUCAAUUUUGAGUGGGAGCAGCCUUCUCAUACUUGAUCCAAAUGUCACCCAUUUGGAAAAGCACAUACUCAGCAGAGGAAACCCUGGAAUUAAACUCGACCCAUUCCAGGAACGGCUGUACAAAAGGUUUCCUGGACAGUUUAAAUCUUAUGAAGGCAUUUAUGAUUGUGAUCUGUUGCAAAACAGCAAGAAAUCCUAUAAUGGCACCUUAAUUAAAUUACCAUUUCGCACUCUGGAGGAGGCAAACAAGUCAGAGAUCAGUUCAAAGGUAUAUGAUGAAGAUUGCAUUACGAGGUUUAAAAACCAUUUGACUGAAAACUCAGAAACUCACCUACUAUUUCUGAAAAGCAUUACAUCUAUGUGCCUUCAAAUUGUCCCUGAAAAUGCAUCAACUCCUCCAAGGAAUGACGAGAUUCAGACUCCUCUCAACAUAUCCAGAAAAGUCAUGAAUUCAUUUGCUGUCUCGAAUGACACACUUCUCCAAGAGAUGAAGAGUACCUUCAGGAAUAAUGAUAUCACAAGACACAGCAAUAUUGAUGUCAACAGAGCAUACAUUGUUAAAAUAAUUCAGGAGCACUCAGAGAGGUCCCUCACACAGUACUGGCUUUUGUACUCAUGUUUUGGAACACAUGAUUCUUUGCAAAUGUUCCAGAAAAGAAAUGAUCAAGAGCAUGUGUUUUCAUUUCCAAUUGGAGGUAUAGCUGUACCUUUGCAUAGAGAGGCAAAAGCUAAUGCAUGGUCCCCUGAUGAAAGCCUCUUUGGCCAAGCUUUUUGUUUUCUUCCUCUCUCAAUUGAGACCGGUCUUCCAGUUCAUGUCAAUGGGACUUUCGCAGUCACAUCAAAUAGGAAGAGCCUAUGGGAAAAAGGAUUGAAGUCUGAGUGGAACAAAGCUUUACUUAAAGAUGCUGUAACCUCAGCUUACAUUACAACACUGCUUGAGCUGAAGAAAAUGGCCCAAAAUGGAAAUAUCCAGAACUAUUCAUUCUAUGCAUUCUGGCCUAACGCUCAGAGAGUAAGCAAAGCAUUUUUACCCCUGGUUGAGUCGUUCUACUCAACAGUUGCACAGAGUAAAUCUCUGGAUAUUUUUAGCAGUGGACAUAAUUGGUGUUCUAUGGACAAGACAAGAUUUCUGAAUCCAAAAAUUGAGAAUAACCAAGCAGUUGGACACGUUGCCAUGAAAGUGUUCUUGAGCUUGGGAGGUUCAUAUUCCUGUGUUGUUUCUCUUCCAACAUGGGUAAGAGACAGUUUCAAUUAUUGUGGCUUCAAGGAAAUGAUCCAACAGAAAACGAUCAACUGGCCUGAAUUUUACAGCAUUGUGUUUAAGAACUUGAGUGCUGUGGACACACAUAACAGAAAUGUGCUUGUUCUGAAUGCCAUCGACUUGAAUGAUCCUGCUGUUGAUGACCUACUGAAAAGUUACCCUUGCAUUCCAACACAAAAAUGUCAGAAGCUUCAAAUUAUCAAGCGACUUGUGAAUCCUUCUGGCAAAGUGGCUUGUUUGUAUGAACUUGAGGAAGGACGCUUUCUUGAAGGAACUGCAAAUAACUAUCUCUCACCAAAAAGAAUUCAACGACUUUCCGAUUUGGGAAUGCUGAGUGACCGCCUCCCUUUAGAAGACAUCAUAGAAAGAGCAGGGAAGAUAUCCAGCUUUUGGCAACAGGAUAAAUCUAAAUGUUGUAAAUGUCUUCGGUGUCUUAUAGAGUCAAUGAAAUACUCCUCAGAAGAUGUGAAUUCCCUGCUGUGGCACACACUUUCUCAAAUACCAUUCCUUCCUGCCUUAGCUCCUUUAGUUCAGCAAAACAAGAAAACCACCGUUCUUAAAAAACCCUCUGAAGUGUACACUGAAAGUUGUCGCAAUGUAGUAAGCAUGACAGAAUUCACAGUUGAUCAUUCAAACCUUCAGAUACACAGUUAUGAUCCAGUUUUCCAGAAACUGAGAGUACGGACAAAUCCACCAGUUGAGACGGUGCUUCAGCAGCUGUUAAAAGCACACCAAUACUGCAAUGCAUUUGAAAAGACUGCUCUCCUCAGCGUUGCUCAGUCUUGCUAUGAAUAUCUCAACAAUUACUUGUUGGAACAGAAAGAUCCCAAUCCAAUUAUUGGCCAUGCAAAAUCAUUUCCAUUCAUUUUCAUUGAGGAUCACUUUGUAAAUGUGAAGGCAGUGGCCAGAAGUGAAGAAUUUGAAAAGAAACCAUAUCUCUAUGUGCUUCCAGUCAUCUUCUCCAAAUUUGAGAGGCUCUGGGACUGCCUUGGCGUCAAAAAACAAUUCACAAAAGAGCAAUUUGUUGCUGCAAUUGAGGAAAUGAAGGCUUUAUAUGGAUCUCAGCCUCUUUCCAUGUCAGACCUCCAUAACUGUGUUGCAAUACUCAUGAAUGGGCUGUACAAAAUCAAAGAAGAAAAGCUUACAAACUGUCUCAUUCCUGAUGAAAAAAGUGUGCUGACAUUUUCUAAAGAGCUGAGAUUUAAUGACAGCCCAUGGAUUCCUGUCUCAGCUGGUGUCAAGCUCUCCCAUGAGCUGAUACCUCGGCCUGUGGCCUGUCACUUUGGUGUAAUGACAACAAGACAUCAUACUCUGAAAGAACAUUUUGUCAGUGGGUUUUCCCUUCAUGCCAAAGAGUUUGGACAAACCGAGAAACUAACUGUCCGAAUAAAAAAUAUAAUUGAUGCAUAUCCAUCUAAAAAGGAUAUUCUGAAAGAGCUCAUUCAAAAUGCAGAUGAUGCAGAGGCUACAGAAAUUCACUUUGUGUGGGACAAAAGAAAACAUCAGACAAAAAAGAUAUUUGGAAAGAAAUGGGAACUGGUUCAAGGCCCAGCACUUUGUGUGUACAACAACAGAACAUUUUCUGAUGCUGAUCUGCAAGGUAUUCAGCAGCUGGGGGAAGGAGGAAAACGCGGAAGUUUAGGAAGAACUGGGAAAUAUGGACUUGGCUUCAAUUCAGUGUAUCAUCUGACAGACUGUCCAUCUAUCCUGACCGGUGAUAAAUGGCUCUGCAUUUCUGAUCCAAAUCUAAAAUACGUGGAAGAUGUAACAAAACAGUCCCCAGGCUGCAAGUUUUCAAUGGAAGAUGAAUUUAAAAAGUCUUUUGAGGAUGUUUAUCAUACCUUUCUUCCAGAAAUGUUUGCACUCCAUUCUGGAACCAUGUUCAGGCUCCCUCUCAGGACAGAGAAAAUGGCAGAAAAAUCUGAAAUAUCUAGACAUACAGUCACAGAUUGUGACAUGAAGGAACUUUAUUCUGCUUUGACAGAAGAUCCUGAAGGACUAAUUCUUUUCUUGAAACACAUCACAAAAAUACAGUUCUCAGAAAUCAGUGAACAUGGAAAACAACCAAAAUGUUCUUUCCUUAUUGAAAAGAAAUACACAGAGAAGAACAUGGUAAGGAAGGAAAACUUUCACAGACAUGUUCGAGAAUCCCUCAUGUCAAGAACAGCAGAACCCUGCGAAACCAUCUAUGACAUGCAAAUCUCAUCUGGAGUUAAACGAAGUCAGUGGGUCAUUGCAGAGUGCUUUGGCUUUUCGAAAGCAAACUAUGUGCAAAAAAACAAGCAAGAUCAUUUCAAAGUUCCCCAAGCUGCUCUGGCUGCAUGUUUGAGCAGCAAUUUUAACCACCAAUUUACUGGCAGGGCAUUUUGUUCUUUGCCUUUACCUGGACAAACUGGUUUACCAGUUCAUGUGAAUGCAAAUUUUGAAGUAGAUUCUUCUAGAAGGGACUUAUGGAAAGAGGAUGGUGAUAGUCUGAAGACUGAGUGGAACCAGUCACUAAAAGUAAACAUCAUUUCACCACUCUAUGCUGACCUCCUGGUACAUCUUUGUUCAGUCAUGCAGAAAGAUAAACCUACAGCUCUUGUAUUCCUCAAGACAGAGCUUGAGUCUUCUUGCCUUAAAUACUUUCCAUGCAUUUCCUCAGAAGUAGACAAAGUCUGGCAUGAGAUGAUUCAUGAGGUCUAUAGAUCAAUUAACCAACGUGACAUUUCUGUCAUACCCACGGUACACGCUGUUUCUAUUGAAUCAUCACAUCAACAUAAAAAAAUAAAAAAAUACACAGUUACCUGGUGCAGUGCAUCUAAACCACAUUCAGAAAAUUGUCCAUAUUUUACAACUGAGGACCAUGAUGUAAUUUUCGAGAUUUUAGAUGACACCGGGAUGAAAUUAGUGCCACACUUUUGGAAAAUGCAUGAAAUAAAAGAGAACUUCAAAAUGGCUGGUGUGGAUGUGGCAGAAAUCAGUGCUUCAACAGUGAUGAAUUUCUUGAAAUUGACACUGAAUGAUCUUUCCCAGACAAAUAGUGGCUUGCCUUUGCCCAUCAACCAGACCUUAAUCAAAAACAGAACAAGAUGCUCAAAACUUUUGAACUUCUGCUUGAAAAAUGUCAAUGAGAAAAAUGUCCAUGACCUCAAUGGCCUUCCUCUUCUCCUCACACAAGAUCAGAUGUUAAGAGUCUUUGACUCUAAAUCCCCAAAGCUGAUAUCAAAAUUUAGCAGGCUUUUCAAAAGACAUCAGGAAAUGUUUGCAGAUAUGGAUGUCAACAGAGAUCAUGCCCAAAUUCUGUGUGAGGGAAAAUUCAUUGAGGGCUUAACAAUUGCCAUAGCAGCAACGUAUUUGAAACCAGAAAUCAAGCUACUACUCAGGCAGUCAUUACCUGAUCAAAGGUGUCAGCUCUAUAAAGCAGAUACAGAGACAAUCAAAUGGCUGAAAACAUUGUGGACCUUCUUUGAGGAUCAAGGGAAAAGCUACCAAAAUGGAAAGCUGAAUGUCUUCAGAGAGAUAAAAAAGCACUUUGACGACAGUCCUAUCUUACCAGUAAUCUGCCCCAGUCAAAAUAACACACAUUUCUUACAAACAAUGAAAAACAUAUCAAAAGUGAUUAAUUGUGGAAAUGAAAAAAUAGCAUCCAUUCUCAUAAAACUGGGGUUCAUGAAAAUAGACCUUUUCUUUUUCACUGGUCUCAGUCUUGAAUUCCGUCUCAAUAUGAAUCCAGAACUCCUGAAAACAGGAGACAGCAGUGCUGUUUUGGGGCAGGUUUAUCAUGUACCACAUUCACAGUUUGAGGAGCUGUCUAAAGAUGAAUGUAUAGAUCUUCAGAGCUUCUUACAGCAUGGGAUCAGAGAUUCCAAUAACAAGAGUCAAUAUGUGUCGAUGCUCAAGUCUUUGCCCCUGUUUGAGUCAAUAUCUGGAAAACGGGAAAGGAUAGAUUCACACAGAAGUGUAUUCAUUCUGAAUUCUAAGCGUCAGAAUGACUAUCCAAAUUUGUACCAUGUCGAUGGAUGUGAUAGUAUCUUCCUCAAGCACACCUGGGUGAACUUAGAACUGGCAGAGCAUCUAAAAAUUCAGAUUCUAAAUGAUUUGGAGUUCUGUGUACAAUUUAUUGUUCCUUCUGUGCACAUGAUGAAAGAGGCUAAGCUUCUUGAUUUCAUGCGGUUGUUAGUGCAACUUGGACCAGUGGACCACAGGAUUGUCUGUGCAUUGAGAGAUGUCAGAAUUAUUCAAGACAUCCAUGGCUCUCUUCAGGUGGCUUCAUACUUCUGUGAUGACAGUGUACACCUGUACAGAGUAAUGCUUCCAAAAGAGAGAUUUGUGCCAGAAACAUUUUGGUACAAUUUCCAAGAUAAAGAUAUUGAAGCACAUUGUCUCUUAAAGGACCUUGGAUUGAAACAUGAAGUGUCUGAUGAGGAAAUCAUUCAGUUUGCAAAACAAAUUGAAUCUGAAGCUAGAGGCAACACUCCUUUAGAUGUUCUUAAAAAAAGAUCACAACUCCUAUUUGAGACUGUUAUAUCAAAUAGUAAAGACAAAAAGUCUGAUUUACUGAGCAGAGUUGCUAGCAUUAAAUUCAUCUUCCCAGUGCAAAUUCAGCAAUCACUUUGUGAUUAUCACAAGGCCUUUGCUCAAGAGAGGCAGGUUGUUGCAAUCAGUGGAUCACUUAUUGGCAGAGACAGUGAUCACCAAUAUCUGAUAUGGACAUCUAUGCCAAUCCUGCCCUUAGAAAACUGCUCUCCACAUCACAUAAAGAAAAUGGUGGAUGCUGGAGCCUUGGAGACUCCACCCCCUGGAGAACUGGCUGAUAAUCUUAAAAACAUCUGUAAAUCUCAGUGCCACACAGACAUACUGCUAAAAACAAGAACCAAUGUAUUUAGCAAAUCAUACGCAUACUUGCAGUCAAUAUAUUUUGAUGCCUCUCUGUUCUCAGACCUCCCUGUUAUCCUUGUGGAAAAUGGCGCAACACUUGUGAAAGCUCACCAGACAGUACUUGUGCUACAUGAUGCUCUUGAGUUUAGGCCUUAUUUGUACACCAUUCCCUCAAAUUAUAUUAAAUUUGAAGACUUCUUUGAGAAGAUUGGUGUCAAGGAAAGACCCACCAUUGAUCAAUAUAGCACUGUUCUUCAAGAAAUCUAUUCUGAUAGCUCUGACAAAGACAGCCUUCAAGCAAAUCAGCAGAAAACUGUGAAACGUGUUGUACAGCAGCUAUUUUCCCUGCUGAAAAAGGAACAGAAAAAAACGAUUUUUCAAAACAACCAACUUUAUCUUCCUUCAACAGAUGGGAAAAUCUAUGAAUCCUGCACUUUGUUUUUCAAUGACACCGUCUUUCAGGCUGCAAGACUCGAGGGUCCUUUGGAAACCAAGCUGAAACUGCUGGAAAAAUUUAAUUGCUGUUAUCUUGGAAAUGAUCACUAUGAACAUCAAACAUUGUUGCAGUUCCUUCCCGAGCAUGUUCGCCCCAGAUUUCUCUCGGAUGUCGUUUCUGAAAACCUGGAGGGAACAAGUGUCCAAUAUUGUGAUCAUGAAGGGGAGUGUGAAUUUAGUGGCUGGUUUGAAAAACACUUGUCUUCUGCUGCAUUUCUUUAUGGACUAGUCUGUCUCAUCAGAGAAGAGAGCAAAGGCAGUGUUUCACAUUCUGAUGCUGCAGAAAAGUGUGAAGAAAUAUUUUCUAAGAUUCAAAUUAUCUGUUGCAAAACUCUUCAAACUGAGCUUCUGUUAAACCAUGAGCCACUUGAGGGUAGUAAGGCUGAAACAGAUGUUUAUGUGAAAAAACAACAAAAUGGAUGCAGUUUCUACUUAAAACACAAUGAUGACAUGGCCCUCAAAGUAGUAAAUGAAGUUAAUAUGUGUCUUAUGAAAGAAAUCAAUGCUCUUCUAAAGAACUGUCUGACCACAUCAAGCCUUCUAGUCCUUGGACAACUUUUGCUGUGUGAUAACAUGGAGGAUGUUGAGAAAACCUUGGCAAAUCAUGGCAUUCAUAACAGUGGCUACAAGGAGGAAGGACAUAGUUCCUUACCGAACCCUGGAUGUCAUAUACCUGAAGAAUGGCACGACUGCCUUGAUAUGAACUUCCUGAACAACUUUGAAAGUGGAGAGUAUGUUGGCUUCAGCAAGGACGAUUCCGGUGAAUAUUUCUAUGCCAUUGUUAUUGAGCGAGUGGAUGAUCCACUGGGACAAUCAAGACAAUUUCCUGCACAAUAUAAAAUUAAAGUUGGCAGUGAUGACUUCAUUGAAGUAAGCUCUCUUGAUCUUUACCAAUUUAAAAGGGAAAAGAAGGAAACUGUGUCAAAAGGGUCCACUUGCACAGAUAUAGAACGUCUUUUGACAUCUGGGCCUCCACCCAAAACAGUCUUUCCUGAGACAUUAGAAGAGAGCAAAAGAGAAAUUGACGAAAGCUUAAGCAAAAUCUGGAAAAUGUCUAGUGAAGACAAACAAAAAGCCCUUAAACGGCUCUACCUCCAGUGGCAUCCAGACAAGAACCCAGGCAAUGAAGCACUUGCCACAGAGGCAUUCAAAUAUCUGCAAAACAGAAUUGAGGAACUACAACAAGGGAAAACUGCACAUACCACAUCCUCGAACUGGAGAGAUUUCUAUAAUAUGUGGAACACAGAGGCACGAAGUCACAGGAGGGGACGCGAGAGGUUCUAUCAGAACUAUUCUAGACGGCACUAUAACUUCUGGUCAUACCACAGAGAAACUCCAAGGCCAAACAGAGGGGAGGCAAACCGCUGGUAUGAACAGGCUCAAUGUGACAUCAGAGCAGCUCACAAUGACACUGGUGGAGAAAGUUCAGAGUGGUGUCUGUUUAAAGUGCAUCAGGCUGUGGAAAAAGCCCUGAUAGCAGCAAUGUACAGGGGAAGUGGACAUCAUCCCAACAACUGCUCAAUAACUAGCCUUGCUCUACAGGUGUCCCAUUUCAGCUCACAGUUGACUUCUUUACCAAGCACUGUGAGGCAACUGACUGAACUUGGUGUUGAUGGCAAAAAAACACAAUAUCCAAACUAUCACCAAUUUCCUUACAUUCCAAACAAGCAAUUUGGCAUUAAUGAUGCCAGAAAGGCAUUGGAUAUUGCAACAAAUCUUAUCUUAAAAAUAAAAGAAUACAUCUCUUGAAACUACUGACUAAUGUUCCAUAUCUGUAUCUGUUUAGUACUGCUUAGGGCUGUCGCGAUAACUGCAAUAUCGCAAUACCGCGCUAUUGACGAGCAUAACCGCAGAGGAAUGCAACAACCGCAGCGGCCGCGAUAUUUCAGUGUUUUCUUUUUCGUAAGGUUACGCCCUUCUUGUUUUACACUUCGUGCAUGUGUACUGAAUAUUAGCAAUGAUAACAAUGUGUUCCAUGCUGAUUUGCACAUAAGCUCAGUAAAUUUGCACUUAACAAGCCUAAACAGACUGCGUGCGAAUGAGAGAGAGAUCGACUGAUCGCGUGCGAUUACCUGCGUCUGUCCUUCAGGCCGAGUCAUGUAUAUCUGUGAAAACAAGUUGUCAUGUCCAAGGAAAGCAAAUCUGUCUUAGCAUCGACGCUCUGCUGGUCAGCUGAGCCUUUAAAAGUGGCACUCAAAGUUAAAAUGAUUUAAACAGCGUGUUUCAUUACAAAUCUCUGAAUGAAUCAGCGCUUUUGAAGGUGUAGUUGAAUGAAGACUCACUCAAGACAGUUCCUUGACGCUACCUUGUGGCGUAACAAUGAAGCUGCACUGACUGACAGCCCGUCUAGAACACGCAGGUGAAAUAUCAACAGAAAACGUAUCUUGUCAGUCAGAUUCGAGGAUCAGAACUAACUGUUAUAUAUAUAUAGGCUAACAAUAUACUAAUGAUCUUAUUGUCAGGUUUAUGUUUUGUUAUGUGGACCGUUAUUUUGUCAUUCUCUUCUGUUUACUUCACUUCCUGUUUCAACGCGAUUUAGUUUCGGUUUCAUAUAUAUAUGUAUAUAUGCGGUAAUACCGCAUACAGCGCUAUUGAGCCACUCAAAAUUACCGCAAGGGAAAUUCCUUAACCGCGACAGCCCUAGUACUGCUAACAUGCAUACUGUAAAUUCUUAAAUCUUUGUAACCAUGUUUUGAUAAUUGUCUGGUUAUCCUUUUGCUUACUAUUAUGUGUGACAUUUAUAUUAUUCCAUACUGGACAUUCUUGUAGCAAACAGAAGAGCAUGGCAUUAGCAAUGCCAAGGUCAUGGGUUCAAUUCCCAGGGAUUCAAGAAAAUAAAAUGUUUAUCUUAAAUGCAAUGUAAGUUUCUUUGGAUAAAAUUGUCUGCAAAAUGUGCAUUAAAAAUCACAUUAGAAUUACAAAUCUCAAUGUCAGUCAUUUAAAAGCAUGUUUUUUAUUAAGAAAUAUUAACAGAAUUCAAAAGCUAUUUCAACCAAAUAUUCACUAAAUGACAAAACUACAAAAAUUGAACACUUAACAGUCACACAAUUAU